CUCGUUCUAAAAACACACACACACACACAGUCGUGCAGUACCGUCUCUUCAUCUCCAAUACUUAUACACAGUUAUUAUAAUUAUUAUUGAUGUACAAAAUGAAUAAAAGAAAUCGCGUUGUGCCCUCGUCGAAAAUUUCGUGACGUCCCGUCUGUUGACAAAUAUUAUAAAAAAAAAAAAAUCAUCCCGGCUGUCACGAUGAACAUUUUGUUCAGGAAGAAUUUCCAGACCGAAGGCACGUCCAAGGAGAGGAGCUACACCAGCAGCCUGGGCAGGAGGACGACUAGCGGAAAUACGGGUGCGCUGGGGACCGUGCGAAGGACCAGAGAAUCCAGGUUAGCAGCAGCUGUUUGCCGUUAUUGUAACGACCAUAAUAUAAUGAUAUUGUUAUGUUCGGCGAUGGUUGACGAUCACACUUGCCCAUUCAGGACACAUAUACUUCUGGGCCAUGCCAACUUCCCGCAGGAGUUCGAAGACUUCGUCGGACCACCACUAAUGGCAGCCCCCAAACAGACUUCAGCGGUUCCUUUGAUUAGAUGGAUUAGAAGAAAACAAUCGACCGGCAAAGCAGAUUCCAUUACGCACACACCACAAUUCUCCAAUGGUACCGGGACCUGUACAAACACCGCCGGUCCGACGAAUACUAUAGUCGAUAAGGGUUGCAGAGGUCGCCACGGUUCAUAUUCAACGCCAAAUAUUCCGAAUGGCAUGAGCCCACAUAUGGCGUUGCAAGUCAGAAAGGUUGACUCUGCAAGUAUAGCAAAUUUAGAUAAAGACUGUUUUAUCAUACCGAUCGCCUACUUGGAUAGGUUUCUUCCCGACGGUGUGAACCUUCCGACCACUCCGGGUAUAAACAAACCCAACGCUCUGAACAUGGUCGAAGUGGAUGACCCAAAGACCUGUCUGAUGUUCCACAUGAUGACUACGCUGGAACCUAUUGACCCUAUUUUGGAAUCUCCGUUAUCCGACCCGAUGGCCAGACAAACGGCUGCUGCUUGUUCGCUACUUACUGAAAUUGCAGGCACCAAAGUGGCUUCGGAGGGCAUGUUGUUGGCAAAUUUAGAAAAAGACGCCAUGUUCCCGUUCAUUACCUACUACGUUUUGAAUAAGUCGUCGGUGUCCAAUCCACGGGAAGUGGCUGUCAACGUGAGGAAUACCACAUUGAAGAAGUUCGAUCCUCGAGCCAUAAAGCACACUACAGACCACACGUUUGAUCUUUUUACCGAAGUGGCUAACAUUGUUUGCCCACCAAUUAGCCAGACCAAGAGACCAAGAGGUCCACACACGGCUUACAUAAUUUCAGUUUACAAAGUAUUCGACGGUGACGACAGUGAGAAAUUCGAAAAACACUGGCUCUAUUGGACGGGUGCACGCAUGAUCUACAAUUAUUUACCGAAAUCAGCUGGUCUCAGAAGAAUAACAUUGCAUAAAUCACAAUCGAACGGCGACAAACAGUAUGUGUUGAUGUGUGAAUGUGCCAAUUUAUUGCAGAACUUUACAUCGGUCGCCAAACUACUGCCAGCUCUCAAAGCUAGAUUGUGCGGUUGUACUGGAGUAUAUCGGUCUAUAUUUAUAAUUUAAAUAUUUCAAUAAUCUCUACAUAUCUCACCGUUUUUGUUCACUCGAUGUCCAAAAACUAUUCCUUGGGCAUAAAUUAUGUUUUUAAUGAUAAACCAUAAAACUAUUCGAGUCGUAUUAUACUCGCGUUCCAAAAGAAAAAAAGAUAUAUAAUUAUGGUGAAAAUUAGAGAUAAGAACGUUAAAGGGAACAGAAAUCAAAACAUAAUUUUAUGAUAAUAAAGACAAAUACGCGUAGAUACAUUUACAAUAAAAUUGUUUUAUUAUGAUUCGAAAAGCAGAAUAAAUAUUUCCGAUAUUGGGCCUAAAAGGCCAUUUUUAUUGGUUUUUUUUAAAUUAAAUAUAAACAUUUUUAUAAUACAUAUAGGUACGUAACUAAUUUUUUAGUAAAUAAAAAAAUCGCUAUUUUGUCCCCUAUAGAAAAGUAUUAAUUGUUAAACUUGUGUAAAUCUCGUUACAAAUUCAAUAAACGCCUUACAGAAAGUGACAUCUACGACAAUAAUUUUUUAUUUCGAUUAAACAUUUACUAUAUAAACAAAUACAUUGAAAAGUUAUGUAAAUCGUAUAAAUCAGCAGCAAUUUACUCUAUUCUUAUACCCUUAUUGGCAUACUUAAAAUGCUUCCUAAAACAGUUUAUAUCAAAAACUGAUUUUAUUUUACUUCUAUAAUAUGAUUUUCUGUUCCUUUUAAGGAUCUUAUUGAGAAAUAUACUAGCAAGUAAUAACUUUAACACAUAUAUUAUACAUCGAGGUAAAACAAUUUAUGCUAUUAUAUAAAGUGAUAAUCAUUUUCUGGUAUUACACGAAGAGAUGUACCAACGUAAAUUAAUACUGUUUAGUGGGAGAAGGGGAAAGGAUUUAAACUAUUAUAAACGUCGGGUUUCUAUAAGACUUUGGUAAAUUUAAUGGUUCAUUAAUAAUAGUUAAUGAACCAAUCAAUCACGAGUUCCUAUCUAUUUGAUGGAUAAAGCACUACCUACUAAAUGUUUUAAAGAUCCGUUACAUUUUUAAUGGAUUUUCAUGGUACCCGAUAUAGUAGUUAUUAUUAUUAUUAAUUAUAUUUGGAAAUUCAGGAACAAGAAUUAUUUAUACCACGUAGAAGAACUCUUAUUUAAAAACGUCAAUAAAAAAAAAUAUAAUUUUGAAUGUACUAUUGUUUAAAUUGUAUAGUUUUUAAAAAUAAAGUUUUGAAUCAAUAUGGAUACAAAUUUGUUGAGAUGUUGAUUUUAACUUGAAAAUGUCGGAAGUUUUUUAAAGUCUUAGAUC